AUGAUGCAGACGCUGGUCCUCCUGCUGCUACAGGCAGCAUAUGUUUUUGGCUGCGGCACUCCAGCUGUUCCACCCCAGACUGGUCGGGUUGUGAACGGAGAGGACGCUCGUCCUCACAGCUGGCCUUGGCAGAUCUCCCUGCAGGUGAAACACGGCAGCCGUUAUCAUCACACCUGUGGAGGCACUCUGAUUGCUCCUCGCUGGGUGCUGACUGCUGGACACUGCAUCUGGCCCGGAGAUGUGUACAGAGUGGUGCUGGGAGAGCACGACAUGAGCAGGCAGGAGGGAACCGAGCAGGUCAGGGAUGUGCUGCGUAUCGUCGUUCACCCCAGCUGGGAUAUUGACCAUGUGGCCGAUGGAAACGACCUGGCGCUGCUGAAGCUGGAUAAGAGCCCCGUCAUGAACGACAGCGUUGCCCUGGCUUGUCUUCCUCCGGAUGGAGAGAUCCUUCCCCACGGGACGGCGUGUUACAUCAGUGGCUGGGGGAACCUUUACACUCACGGCCCCAUGCCCGAUAAGCUGCAGCAGGCCCUGCUGCCGGUGGUGGAGCACAGCGUGUGCAGUCGCAGCGACUGGUGGGGCAUCAACGUCAAGAAGACCAUGAUCUGUGCAGGAGGAGACGACGUCUCUGGAUGCAACGGAGACUCCGGCGGUCCCCUGAACUGCUUGGGGCAGGACGGACGCUGGUUUGUCCAGGGAGUGACCAGCUUUGUUUCCUCCCGUGUCUGCAACGAGGUGAAGAAGCCCACCGUCUUCACCCGCACCUCUGCCUUCGCCGAGUGGCUCAGCCAGGUAACUGAACCGAGUCUGCUGUUCCGUUUGAGGUUGAACGCCGCCUCGCCCCGAACCGCAAGCUUGUGA